UUUAACCUCAUGUAGUCAGUUUAAAAAAUUAGAUUCUGUUAUUAACUGAAAAUAUCAACAGUCACCGAUAGUUAGAACAAACUAAGAGUCAGAUCAGCAGAAACAAAAACACGGAAAUGUCUGCUGUAACUGCGUCGCUCUUCUCAAAUUUGCUGAUUGUCCGUUUCGUCGUGGUUGUCUCUACAGACCAGAAAAUCGUCACAGCUGAGUCUGGACAGAAGAGCGUCACUCUUCCAUGUCGAGCUCCAAACAACAGCAGCAGCAUCACCGGUGUAGAGUGGAGCAGAGCUGACCUGAGAGAUGAAUAUGUGCUUUUGUACCGGGAUGACCAGCUUGAUCCAACCAACCAGCAUCCAUCUUUUAAGAACCGGGUGGAUCUGCAGGACAGACAGAUGAAGGAUGGAGACGUGUCUUUGAUUCUGAAGGAUGUGAUGAUUAAUGACGCUGGAACAUACAAGUGUGAGGCCUUCAUUAGAGGAACAAACGUGAGGAAGAGAGCUAAUCUAGUUAGUGACCCCAUCAGCAUCGUCACACUGAAAGUUGAUGCUCCAGGUCAGACAGGAGGACACACAGAGGAUGGAUCUGUUGGACUGAUCGCUGGUCUGAGUGUUUUUGUUGUGCUUGUUGCUGCUGUUGUUGGUUUUGUGAUCUACAAAAAACACAAACAGAGUCAGGAUUCAGAGCGUCCACCUGCUGAACUGCAGACUUUUACAUAAGAAUGCUUAAAGAUGGCAGCCUGCAUCUUUAAGGCAGAAAAGCAAAAGUCAGCCUGACUGAAGAAAGUAAAAUAAUACAGUCCAAAUAGAAAACUAAAAGAGUUGCUUAAUUUCAAAUAGAUUCCACAGUGUUUCUGCUGUGCUUCUUGUUGCUGCUGGUGUUGGUUUUCUGAUCUACAGAAAACAUAACAAACAGAACCGAGAUUUUAACUAGCAUCCUGAUGAACAUCACCAAGUUUUAAUUGUCUCAGAGCUUCUUUCAUGUUGAUGCUGGGUAAGAGAAGCCUACAUUAAGGCAGAAAAGCAGCAAAACCACACUGAAGAAACUUAAACACUAGAGUCCAAGUAGAAAGCCAGAAGAGUUGCUUCAUUCCAAAGAGAUUCCACAGCUGAGACCACGUUUAAAUAAAAGCUAAUGUCCCAGAAUUACAAAGGAAUAACAAUGGAAAAUCAAUUAUUAAAAGUUGCAGGUUAAAAAUAAAUAAAUCAUAUUGUCCUAAGUCUGUGGGAGAGUCUUAAGAAAUUAAACCCAAAGCCAUACAGGAAGGAUCACUUUUUUUACAUUUUUAAUCAGCAGGCUGAGAAGUUGACAGAAAAUACUGAAUAAUGUUGUAAAAAGUGUUAAAGCCUACACCUUUACUGUUUUUAACAUCUGUUGUUAUGUAUUUACUUCUAACACUGAGCAUUAUUGGCUUCUGAUGUAUUGGACAAUUAUUAUUAAUAGUAGUUCAGUUUUGAUGAUGUGUGUUAAAUGUUUCAAACACACACAGGUUUUCAUCAUUUGAUUGUAUGUUGUUCUGAGGCAGCUAAAUUAGUUUGUAGAGAAAAUGAAUGUCAGAUUUGUGUUUGUGGUUAGCCGCUCAUAUCAGCUCAACAUU